UCCCCUCAGCAGACCAAAGACUGUCCCUUCGUCUGCAUCCCACAUUACAUGAGGACGUUUUGAGCCGCAGUGGUCCUUCGUGUGAAACAGAGCUAGAGAACACAUACAGCUGCCAGACCCUUUCAAUUCAGAUCUGUCCCACAAUGCUUUGGACCUUUGGACUGUUGCUGUUCCUCGCUUGGCAUGUCAAAGGAAGGAGCGCUGGACUUGAUGUGAACUUGGAGCUGAAGGAGGAGGCAGCGGUUCUUGCUGAUCCCGAAGCGGCGUUUCGCGGGUUGACCCCGUCCACCAAAACUAUGGCGUUUGACCUGUUGAAACGUCGAUCCAAGAGGUCGGUGUAUCUUCACUCUGGGGUGAGAAUCUGUCCUCGGGAGAGCAUUGGCGAGGUUCUGGCCAGUUUUCAGGAGUACUACCAGCUCAGAGUGUGCCAGGAGGCUGUUUGGGAGGCCUACAGGAUCUUUUUGGACAGGAUUCCUGGGACCAUGGAGUACCAGAGAUGGGUUCAAGUGUGCCAGCAGGAGUCACUGUGCAUCUCCAACAUUGCUAGAAACUUCAGUGGCUCCGAGGAGCACCUGAACCUGAUCCGCAGGAGGAUGAAGCGCCUGAGAGACGAGAGUCUGCCAUCACGAGAUCACGUAACUCAAGCUGAUGUCAUUCCCAACGGUCCAGAAGUUCAGACCUCUACCAUAGUCCUGGACUUGUCCACUUCCCCUUCUAGCUCUACUCCUGGUGAUGAGUGGACCACCAAGGAUGAGGACUUGGACAUUCCUAACGUCGUCCCUGAAAGUCUGGCACAGCAGAUGGUGGAGUUUAGCAUCGACUUGGUAGAUCCAGGAUACCGAGAGCUGCUGGAUGACCCUGACUCGCCUCAGUACAUAGACCUGGCCCACCACCUUCAGGACCAGAUGCAGCACGUUUUCGACAAACUUCCGGGAUUUCAAAGCAUCCGUGUGCUACGGAUCAGCGAGACGCAGGACGCCGGCGGAGUUGGCGGCAUAACGGUCUACUACUCCCUCGUCUUUGAAAAGCCCUCCUUGAAAAUCAGCCCUGAGACAGCUGGAGCAGUUCCAACAGCGUCACCAGACUCCAAACUUUGGGAGAUGGUAAGAAAAGCUCUACGAGAGGACGCGUCCCUUCCGGUGGACUUGGAUUCUUUGAACUUUGACCCAGUGGCCGUCCUGCCGGCACGGACGUCGUCCUCCUCGACAGGCGUUGAUGGGGAGGACAGUGAACCAGACUCCCACAACGAAUUUGAAGUAUUUACUGAUGAUACAGAGUUGGCGAAAGUCGUCCCUGCGCUGGCCCUCAGCCCCUCAGAGAAGGAGAAUGACCUGGUCACAUUACUGGAUCCCUCGGAAGAGGACUUAUUGUUUGCACCAGAAGCACAGGAUCCAUCCAACCAAGAAGAGGAGGAGCUGAUUAUUUCUCAUAAGAUUGAAAGCGUCCAUCAUACUGAAACUGGCGAACUCAUUCGAGACUACACGCCAACCCCUCCUACCAUCGUGGAUGAAGACACUUUGGAUCAGCUUACAACCCCCGCACACACUUGGUCCAUGACUUCGCCUGCUGAUGACCAACCUUCAGACUCUGACCUCACCAUCACCACCACAGGCCAGAGGCCUACUGACUCCACAGAGCUUGUCCAGCUGGAGACAGAUUCCCUGCCUGGCUUAAGAGUCCCCGUUGGCGACAUCAUAGGGUUAGAGCCUGAAUCAGAAGAGGCACAGAAAGAGUUAACGGGGGAACCUGCUCAAGAAGUCCAGCAAGAGAAUUCCCAAUAUGAAGUGACUGAUUUUUACAUGCCAGAUGAAGAGAUGAUGUCAGAAAACCAAGAAGUUGUACCACAAUCACAAGACAUGGUUUUUGAGGUCGCUGGAACGGAAAACAAAGAACCUAAAGGGUUAAAGCCACAAGACUUGGCACUAGAAGAACAGUCCGAUGACAUGCUUGAACAAAAAGAAAAGAUUGAAAAGGCACCUGAGCAAAUAGAAGAAGGUACAGAGGAAGUAGCAAAGAUGCAAGAGGCAGAAGGACAAACUGAAGCUUCACAUCCAGAUAAACAACACAUCAAACAUCAAAACCCUGGACCUGAUGCUUCAGAGGACACAAUAUCUACUUCUCUGGAAAAAGAAACAUUCACUGGUGUUUCAGAAGAACUCCUUCCUGAUGUUCAAGAAGAAACAUUGCCUGGUAUUUCAGAAGAACUCCUUCCUGAUGCUCUAGAGGAAAUCGGACCUGGUGUUUCAGAAGAACUCCUUCCUGAUGCUCUAGAGAAAACAUUACCUGGUGUUUCAGAAGAACUCCUUCCUGAUGUUCAAGAGGAAAUUCUACCUGGUGUUUCAGAAGAACUCCUUCCUGAUGCUCUAGAGGAAACAUUACCUGGUGUUUCAGAAGAACUCCUUCCUGAUGUUCAAGAGGAAAUCGUACCUGGUGUUUCAGAAGAACUCCUUCCUGAUGUUCAAGAGGAAACCGUACCUGGUGUUUCAGAAGAACUCCUUCCUGAUGUUCAAGAGGGAACAUUACUUGAUGUUUCAGAAAAACACCUGCCUGAUUUUCUCGAUUCUUCUGAUGUUUCCUCAGUUCCUACAGGUUCCAAAACAAUUGAGGAUAACAUGAUUGAUGUUACAAAACUAGUUGAAGAAGUCGUCGCUGUGGUUCCAAAGGAGGAAGUAGAAGUUUUUGAGGCAACAACUCCGGUGUCUCAAGCGGAAUCAGAGACCAAUGUAAAGGAAGUGAAUGAAACAGCAGAUGAAGUUGGUGUGGAAACAGAGCUAAACACGCCCGAUAUUGUUUCAAAACAUAGCGAAGGUGGGCUAGAGGAACCACAUCUAGGGGAUAAUUCACAAGAGUCCAUGCGAGUGGAUGUAUUUAAAAAACGUUAUCCUGAGGACAUCUCAGAAGCAGAGGAAGACAGACAAGAUAUUCUUGAGGCAGAACCAAAAUAUAUAGGUGGCAAUUCAGACUCAUUCGAAUCAUCAGAACCAGGAGACAUUGUGAUCAGUCUGUCAACACCAGAAGGUGUUCCAGAACCAGCAGCUGAAUCGAUUAAGGUCUUUUCCCACUUUGAGGCUGAAGAAGAUGAUCUUUUCAAGGAGAACACUGGUGAGGUUGUUCCGGAGUUCCCUCGAUAUGUCAGACCAGAGGACAAUAUGCCUGUAACUCCCAACGCGGUUCAGCCAGGCGAGGAGGUGGAAGGUAAACUGGAACAUCCGCUUAUUGAGGACUCUUCUGAUGGUGCGGACACUGACGCGACCAGAGAAUCACCUGAAACUUCCAACCCAGAAGACAUGACACUGCCAGAGGGAGGUGCCACAUUAGAGGAGACUGAAGAAGAACUUUUACAGCCAGGAGACACCAAUGUGAUAGCAGCACCGCCAGUGACAUCUGCUGCUGGACUCUCGUCUCAUGGCCCGACUGUAGACUUUGGACUUUUUGAGGUGGCAGAGGUCCCUGGACAAAAUGAACCCUCUGUCACCGUUAUUGACGAAGACCUGAAAUCGGCUGAAAAGCAAACUAGCCGACCAACAGUAGUGGAUGAGGCUGUAAGGGACCUGGCGGAGGAACUGGACCAAGCUGACCCGAUAACCACUGAGUCACCAGAUGAGGGAAGCGGCUUAGUUGAGCAACACGCGUCAGUAAGUGUCACGGCCCCGCCCCCUGUUAAAUACCUGACUACUCCCACAAUGACGACAGCCAGCCAUGGUCGGGAGCUGGUGGUCUUCUUUAGCCUGCGUGUCACCAAUAUGGACUUCUCCAUGGACCUCUUUAACAAGACGUCACCGGAGUACAGGUCCCUGGAGAACACCUUCCUUAAUGUGCUGCUGCCGUACCUGCAGGCCAAUCUAACGGGCUUUAAAAACUUGGAGAUUCUGAACUUUCGGGAAGGCAGCGUGGUGGUCAACAGCCGCAUGAAGCUGGCCAAAUCAGUGCCCUACAACAUCACCAAGGCAGUUCACUGUGUCCUGGAGGAGUUCUGCUCGGCUGCCGCCAAACGCCUGCACAUACACAUUGACAGCCGCUCUCUGGACGUGGAACCAGCCGACCAGGCCGACCCAUGCAAGUUCCUGGCCUGCGACCCCUGGUCCCGCUGCAUACUCGACCGCCACUCCCUCGAGGCCCAAUGCCAUUGCAAGCCGGGCUUUCUGUCCGUGGACAGCCUUCCUUGUCAGAGCGUCUGCGACCUGCAGCCUGACCGCUGUGGGCCUGCCGCUGAAUGUCAUGUGGAUCCCGGACACGGCGCCGUGUGCAGAUCCAAAGGCAGCAAGCAGUUGGUGGGCGCUUCGGUUAUGUGAUGACCCCAGAAUGUAGGAGUCAGCUGAUCCACAAGACUUCUUCAUUUUUCCACGUGUUGUUUUGUGUCCCGCAGACAUCCAACCGAAACAAUCCUCAUCUCCAGUGAAGUCUCUUUUCUAUCGUUUGUCAAAUCUUUCACAACGAACUGUUGUCCUCUGGAGGUGUUGCAGUCGUUUUGAGGCCA